AUGAGGAGCGCAGACCGGAACCCCAAGCCGGAGACAGGUUGCGAUUCGGAGCGUGUCAGGUUCCAGAAAUGUUCCUGUAUGUGGCGAAGGGUACGCGUGAAGCCAGUAACCAGCCUCAUGCGUGGUGAGUUCAAUUCUCAGCAUUACAUCUACGAUCAUUCGGAUCUGCAAGUAGUACAUCGGUGUGGAUACGACGGUGGUGUGACUAACAACACACAGUACGACCCACAACUUAUGGAUAAACAUAAUACAAGACGUAGCAUCGAACAGAGCCGAAUUAAUAGGUACAAACGCGAGACAUACGACGACACGGAGGUGCGAGGCCCUUUCAACGCUAACAAACAGUCGAGAUAUGUAGAGUUAGUGCUGGUCGCUGACAAUAGAGAGUACAAAGCUAAUGGGGAGAAUCUGCAGACCGUACAUCGACAGUUGAAGGAUGUCGCUAAUAUUAUUAACUCUGUGUAUGCGCCUCUAAAUAUCUUUAUAGCUCUAGUAGGCGUAGUUGUGUGGAGUGAGAGAGAUGAAAUACAAUUAGAAGAGAAUGGAGAUAGGACUUUGACCAAUUUUCUUGUAUAUAGAAGGAUGAGACUCUUAUCACAAAUACCUAAUGAUAAUGCGCACUUAUUGACUCGUCAAAAGUUCCAAGAGGGUGUAGUAGGGAAAGCACUGAAAGGCCCGAUAUGUACAUUCGAGUUCUCCGGCGGUGUUGCGACAAAUCAUUCAGAAGUUAUAGGCUUGGUAGCUACAACCAUUGCCCACGAGAUGGGACAUAACUUCGGCAUGGAACACGACAUGGAGGAGGACUGCGAGUGUCCAGAUGAGAAAUGUAUCAUGAGUCCGUCUAGUACUUCAGUUAUGCCGAUACAUUGGUCUUCUUGUAGCUUGAGGUCUUUAGCGCUGUCUUUUGAACGAGGAAUGGAUUAUUGUCUAAGAAAUAAACCGCGUCGUCUAUUCGAGUCGCCGACAUGUGGCAAUGGUUUCGUGGAGGUGGGUGAGCAAUGCGACUGCGGUAUCGGAGAGGAGAGGUCGCGCGCUGCGUGCGUCGCGUGCUGCGAGCCCACCACCUGCAUGCUGCGCAACAACGCCAGCUGUGCUGCUGGAGAAUGCUGUGAUCUACAU